GUUAGCAGCGACAGAAGGUGUUGCUUUACGGAGCGCUGCUUCACCUUGGUCUCGUCCAGCGGACUGAGCGAUUCGCUUUGACGUCGACGUCAUCCGAGGCUUCGAUUUUCUGCUAGAAAGCGCCGUGCGAAUCGUCGCGUUCCGUCAUCUCAGCCGGUGUACUCUCGCGAACAUCAAUCAGUGUCCCACAGGAACCAGGAGAGAUCUCCAGCUCCCUUGCGUAGCAGCUUGCGCUCCCAUUGGAAGCUGUUGCUGAGCUCAUUGGGUGUUCUAUGACCGAGAGCCGAUAGGCCGCGGAAUGGACGAGGGCUCUACAGCUUCACAACCCUCGGCAGUGGCACUUUUUUUCAGAAGUCUCGGACAACGCUACCAACGUCUGCUGGACAUUAGCACACCGUUUUCCGCUGCGAGAUGGGGAUUCUGUCUAUUCCUGCUGCUGCUAUUUCUACUUCGAGUUUUUCUACUCCAAGGAUGGUACAUUGUGACGUACGCUCUUGGAAUAUACCACCUCAACUUAUUCAUAGCUUUCUUAACGCCAAAAAUAGAUCCUGCUCUAUCACAAUCAUUAGACGAAGGGGAUCCUGGGCUUCCGACCAAGUCGAAUGAAGAGUUCCGGCCUUUCAUCAGACGAUUGCCCGAAUUCCAUUUCUGGUAUUCGGCGACAAGAGCGAACGUGAUCUCUAUAAUUUGCACGUUCUUCGAUGCCUUCAACAUCCCCGUUUUUUGGCCCAUUCUCUUGAUUUACUUCAUCACAUUGUUCGUACUGACGAUGAAACGUCAAAUCAAGCAUAUGAUCAAAUAUCGGUACAUUCCGUUCACGUUCGGCAAGCGAACUUAUAAGCCGAAGCAAUCCGAGUCAGCGACCAGCUUCCUCUCAAAGGACGACAGUGCCUCCGCUCCCCUCGUGCCUCCUUCAGUGCAGCUUGAAAACGUAUGAGCAACAUCGAAUGAGGGGCUCCGGAGGCGGCGGGACUCUGUCGACUCGAACGUGGACAACUCGAACAACCUCACCCAACAGUCAUCGUUGAAUCGCUCAUUCACAGACACGCUCUAUGAGUCAAAAGUGCAUUAUUCGAGCUAUUUAUUCGUGAUCCAUGUCUCUGCGUUCCUCGAGAGGAUGCAGAGAGCAGCCGAUCGCAUUGCAUGUUGAAUUCUUACGAACACGGUAUGAUUCGCAGAACCUGCGAUGGAAUGAUUGGUGUUCGGACUUCAGACGUAGACGAGACAA